UACGUGAUCCCACCGCCCGCGCUUUUCUAUCCUAAUCUUAGCUUCAAAAUCCCAAACAAAAACAAUCGCCAAACAAAACGAAGCGCGCCCAAAUGGCUCAAGCCGCCAGGCUCAACCUUCGAAUGCAGAAGGAGCUCAAGCUUCUCCUCGCCGACCCUCCUCCAGGCGCCUCUUUCCCAUUCCUCUCCGCUGACUCCGAUGACGUUUCUUCUUCUUCUUCCUUGUCAACCAUCGAUGCACAGAUUAAAGGUCCGGAAGGAACAGUUUAUUCAAAAGGAGUCUUUAAUAUUAAGAUCCAAAUACCGGAAAGGUACCCGUUUCAGCCUCCAAGUGUGACGUUUGCAACUCCAAUUUACCACCCCAAUAUCGACAAUGGAGGUCGGAUUUGCCUUGACAUUCUUAAUCUUCCUCCGAAGGGGGCAUGGCAACCAUCACUAAACAUUUCAACUGUGCUUACAAGUAUAGGGUUGUUACUCAGUGAGCCCAAUCCAGAUGAUGGCCUGAUGUGUGAAGCGAGUAGGGAGUACAAGUAUAACAGACAAGCUUUUGACCAGAAAGCUCUAUCUAUGACUGAAAAAUAUGCCCAGCCUGGAGUUAGUGGGAAGAUUUGUGGGAGUCAGUUGAUUCAAUCUCAAAAUUUAAACAUGAUGGAGGUUAAAACAAAAAACAAUGACAUAAAACAAGAAGCUAAUGAGCAUGUUGUAAGUCAUAAGAAGUUAUAUGUGAGCAGCAGAAAGUUGUCACUGGAGCCUUCAGUCCCAGCUCAAAAAAGGGAUGACUAUAGUGAAGGGAACGAGCCUUCUAAAAGCCUGCCGUUUCUCAAUGAAUCUGAGAGACAGAUAGAAGUUGAAGGAGCCAAAAAGGCCUUUAGUCAAUUUCAGAAACAUGAGAAUGAAGAGAAUGGGGAGCCAAAUCACCAUUUAUCACAUGCACCUAAACACCUUACUGUGGCUUCUUUGGGGCCAAUGGUGCCACAGGUUGGAAACUUUUACAAGCAAGAGCCUCAUCGAUGUGAAGAUGGUAAAUCAGUAGAUGGCAACAUAAACAUGAGACCAAAGAAGCUGCAGGGAAAUGAAAUAGCUGAUAGUGGUAACAAGAAAAUGCAUGUAACCCCUCAGUUAAUGUCCUCUGAAACCUAUUCUAACACAAAAAGUGAGGCUUCAACCAUACCUCAAGCUCUUAACCGUGUUCAACCACAACCACAAAAUGAUCCUGUUGGUAGAAUGGAAAGUGCCUCAAAAUGUACAAGUCGAAACAAGCUCUGUCUGGUUGGAAAGAAACUUUCUUUGGGUUCUACAAGUUCAUCACUGAUACAUGAAGAGGAUAACAAGGAGAACGUGGAGCCAGUUCACCAGAGACCAAUUCUGCACUCCUCAAGCUCUUCUGUGGCUUUAUCUACAUCCAAACCGGCAUCAGGGAUGAGUAAGGCUCCUGAACUAGGGUCUAGCAAUAAUGUCUUUAGUGAGAGUCUUAAGAAAUAUGGGAAUGGUCGGAAGCUGUCGCUGGGUCCUCUGACUCAACACUCCCAGAGCCUAUCCAUAGGUCAAUCAACACUUGUUCCUGUGCAUGAAUGCUGGACUGAUCAGAAGCAGCAUUCUAAUGAAGAAGAUUACAGAGACACAACCGGUGGAGAGAUUAAGAAGCAGAAAACAGAAAAAUCACCAAUUUCGGAAGCCGUAAUUGUGCUUGAUAGUGAAGAUAGUGAGGAGGAAAAAGUUGUAUCUGUGAGGCCAAAACCGUUGCUAGCAAGAAAGCGCCUAGGCAAAUGGAAACUGAGAGCGUGAAAAAUCAUUAUUGGCGCUUGAUCAAAACAUUUGAUAAAUAGAGUUUCAUUUUGUCUUUAAAAUC